CCUCACAGAAGGUUGCCAAGAAAAAACAAAACAAGGAAGAAGAAGUUGGGUUUAUUUUCCCGGAAAAAGAUUUGCUGUUUGGUUCGGAUAUGGAUUCGCAGUUGACUCGUCCUGAUCACAUAGAGACCCCCAUUAAAAUUCGCCAUCCAGAGGAAGAAGAGCACCAUGAGAAGGGGACAACCAAAGUGUUGAAGAAAGCAAAGGAAAAAGCUAAGAAGAUAAAGGACAGUCUUACCAAACAUGGUCACCAUCAAGAAGACGAUGGUGACGACGACGAUGACAUCACCCGACCCGAAGCGGAUGGUGCACAGAUGUAUGAAUCUGCCGCAUUAAGAGGUGGCGUGACGGGACAACCGGAAUCUCUGAGUCAUCCGGGAAAAUCUCAGAUUCCGGCACCGGAGGAGAUUGUUCCUCCGGGAACAAGGGUUUUUCCUGUUGUCUCCUCCGUUCAGACCAAACCGAUUGAACCGGUCAGAGAGUCUGAACCAAUCCAUGGUUUAGAUUCUUCUCAUGGCUUUGGAGAACUCGCUCAUCCUACGGCCGUGUCUGAUAUAUCGGACCGAAAAGAGAGCAGAGAGGCUCAUCUGGCGCCGCAUAACACGCCCGUGCCUCUACUGUCCGGAACAGAGGAUGUUAUUAGAAUGUUUGUUCUACCUGAAGAACAAGAUCCUCUUGGUCAACGGAGGGUCAACCUUUACAUACCUGAAGGGUUAGAGGAAGAUCCUACUGCUCCUGGAGGAGGGUUUGGUUCUUCUGGUGUAGUCUCGAACUAUCAGACCAAAGUCACUGAUCCCACCGGAAAAAAUGGUGAAGAAAUUGAAGUGACAUCCAUCAUCGAGUCUCUGGGUAAGAUGAGUGUGAUAUCAGGGCAUGGAUCGGAGAGAGAAUCGCCGAUGAGAGGCGACGAGCACAAUGUGAAAUCAGGGCAUGAAGCGGGGAAAGAUUUGCCGAUUAAAAGACAUGAACUUGAUGUGAAAUUAGGACAUGAACUAGUGAAAGAUUUGCCGACAGGAAGCCAUGAUCAGUUCUCACCUGAAUUGUCUCCUCCAAAACCUUUAGAGAAUCCUACUGCUACAGAAACGGAAGUUUUUUCGACUCAGGCUAUGGCGGCGGAUGAUGAGGACAUGCCAAAGCAGAGCAUCUAUGCCGAGAAAAUCGUCUCGGCAACUUUAGCUAUAGCUGACAAAGCUGCAGCGGCGAAAAAUGCCCUAGCUUCGAAGUUAGGUUACUCCGGUAGGGAAGAGGAGGAAACCCCAAGAUCCGCCAUGGAAUACGGCAAGAAGAUGGCGAGUACCGUAACGGAGAAGUUAACUCCGAUAUACGAAAAGGUCAAAGAGACGGGAACUAGGGUAAUGACGAAAACGCCCCUUUCGGGCGACGGCGACGCUCGAAAAGGGCAAGACAAGGGGGUGUCGGCGAGAGAAUACCUUGCGGAGAAGCUGAAGCCAGGAGAGGAAGACAGGGUUUUGUCCGAUGUGAUAUCAGAGAAGCUUGACUUGGGUGGAGAGAAGAGGAGAUCAGAAACGGUCACAGACUGGGAGGAGACGAAGACGAAGUCCGCAGAGACGACUCUUGGUAGGAACUGAGAACGCGAAAGGACCCCGUUCGGGCUGGCGGGAACGAUCGGAGGUGAUGUCGAGGAAAGAAAGCUCCAAGAAUCUGGGAACUGAGAUUUGGGUGUUUCAUCUUUUAAUAUGUACGGGUCUUGUGUCUUUUCUGCUUGUGUGGGUUCUGGAACAAUGUUGCAAUCUUUGAUUUGAUUGUCGUGUAGUUACAACUUACUACGUACGGGUUUCUUGGAGGAAUGAAGUAUGAACUGCUGUUUAGUCCUAUCUUGUAAUAAUAAAAAAAAAAGCCACUAGCGCAUAUGAAUU